ACGGAUGUAUUUUUUUUUUCAUUCUCUUGCAAGUUCCAAACGUGGUGAGAGUCGCGCAUCCAUUUGCUUUCCUGAAGAAAAUCCGGAAAAAGUUAACAACUCGCACACAAAUAUGACCGACGAAUACUUUUACGGAGCAACCCUGAAGGAGGGAAGCAAAACAGUGACAUGGGAUCCCGACAACAAGCCGGAAGGAUAUCCGAGAACGAACAAGCUCGUCAUUAAACAGUGUCUCCUGGGGCAUGAGGCGGCCGGGGAUGAGUUUAACGUGGUGCAGGUCGAGACAAUGACCAUAAGGGACACGCUGCGUAUUCCGAUCGCGGUGUUGAAGGUCGGCGAACUACGUCAGUGCCGAAUGGAUCUUGAGUUCUCGGACGCGCCUGUUACGUUCACACUAGUGGAAGGCAAGGGCCCGGUGCACAUCCAUGGACUGCAUCUCCUUGGUUCGCUGGUGGAGGAAUUCGAGGAUAUGGAAGAGAUGGAGGAGGAAGUACUCGAGGAGGAGGAAGCCGAUGAGGAUGAGGACGAGGAUGGCGCGUCACAGAAGAAGAAGCCAAAAUUGACCAACAAUUCCAAGGGCAAACCGGGUGCUGUCGCCGGUGGGCCCGCGGGCAACGACAAAAACCGGAAGAGGAAAUAAGCAGCGGGGGCACGUUUUGUUUUUUGCUCCGGCCAACGAGCAAAAUUUGCAAGCAGCAGAAGCAAAGGCCGCCACAACGUGUCAUCAUUCCUCACCACAAUUUAAAUAUAUGUAUUAACAAAGAAAACAAAACAAACAGACAAACAAUGCAAAAACUGCAACCACCACAAACACAUAUGCCGUCAGUCUUGGGAGAACGGCAACACCAACAACAUCCUAUGUCAAGCGAGAAGGAAGAGAAUAAGGCGAAAUUGUCCUACAUAUAUAUUCCAGCCGUCCAUGAGCUGGUAUAUGGCGCAUCCUCGUUCGUGUCUCACGCACAGUUUGCCCGUUGGAUUCGAUCGGUUACAUACGCGAAAGCGCUUAUUUCUUUUUUUUUGCAAAUCAAACACUCGCGUACUCUCCGGAUGACGAGAAAGCAGCGUUGCUUUCUGAAAACCAAUUGCACUAGCUGUACGUAGAGCAUUAGUCGCUACAGAGAUAUAGGCAUCCAUUAUUCUACAAGACGAUUGAAACGGUAGCCACUAACCAAAAUACAAUACAGCAAUUUAGAUCCAGGGAAUUUGCAACGGAAAAGUCGAAGAACAGAGACUUACCGCAACAAUUGUUUAAUAACUAAAAUGAAGCAGAAGGCUCUAAGAUAAACUUCCACAAAUAAUUAUGGAAUCGGAAAACAACAAGGAUGUAAGCUUUUAUUUUCAUUGUGUGUUUUUUUAACAUCUACAAUGGCGUUUAAUUAGUAAUGGGUAUGGCAACUGCGUACACAACUUUUAGACGGGGGAACACGAUGGAGAACAAACAGAGCGUGCGUGUGUGAGGGGACACGAUAUCAUCAUCUUUAUCACAAGCGCCCCUCGGCUCGUGGGAAUAUUCCGGUCCAUUACUCGACUGAGCUGUUGUGCGGCGGCUGGAGGACAGGUAGGCAGGUAAGAAGAGGGGACAAAGCAUACGAAAAUGAGAACCAUUUUAUGACGAAACGGCCAAAUCUCAACUAAAGGGAAAACACAACAUACAUGGUGUGUGUUGUGAUCCGUUCCCAUACAUGCAACAUUUCACACAAUCGCAAACUGAAGGAAACGUGUUCUUAAAAAUGUUGGAAAGACGAAGGAAAACACAUGGCGUAUGUGAAAUUCAUCAAUGUAAGAAAAGAAUGGCAUACAAAAAAUGGACAAAUAAAUAUGGAAACGAAA